AUGGAUUUUAUGACUUAUCCGACGGACCGUAACGGCUACGACACGGUGUUUGUGGUGGUGGACCGGUUCAGCAAGAUCCCUAUAUCAAUCCCUUGUCACAAGACGGUGACGGCCAAGGACCUCGCUCGGUUAUGGGUGCUGCAUCUCUAUCGGCGUACGGGUCCCCCAGAUACCAUUGUGUCGGACAGAGGACCGCAAUUUGUCUCGGAAUUUUGGGGCGAAGUCUGUAAGAUAUUAGGAAUUCAAAUUGUCCUAUCGACCGCGGACCAUGCGCAGACAGAUGGUCAAACCGAGAUCGCCAACCAGUACCUAUCACAACGUCUUCGUCCGUACGUCAGCUACUUCCAAGACGACUGGUCUGAGUGGCUGCCGAUCAUUGACUUCGCCGCGGCAGUGCUUCCGCAAGAGACAACGGGUCUGUCUCCAUUUAUGAUUGAGAAGGGUUUUCAACCUCGUGUGUCGUUCGAUUGGAAAGAACCGGAGUCGCCUCAGCGCCUUACCAUUAAUGAGCAGGAAGGCCGGGAGUGGGUUAACCGCAUGCAUAAGAUUUGGGAGUUCGCUCGGAGUAAUAUACUCAACUCUCAGCUGCGCCAGAAAGCUCAAGCGGAUAAACAUCGUCGGGAGGUAGAUUUCGAGGUUGGAGACGAUGUCAUGGUGACCAAUCGGAACUGGAGUACCGGUCGACCGAGCCGCAAGCUAGGUCACCAAGCAGAAGGACCUUACAAGAUAAUUGAGAAGGUUGGUAACUCGUUCAAGUUGAACUUGCCUGAAGGAAUGAAUGUCCAUCCAGUCUUCUCCCCAGACAAGCUCCGGUUAGCAACCCGGACGGAACCGCUGCCAGGACAGGUGAUCGAUUCUUCACCACCGGUGCUGGUCAACGGUGAUCAGGAAUGGGAAGUGCAUGAGAUUCUUGACUCCAGAGUUAGGUGGAAGAAGCUGUACUAUCGAGUACAGUGGUUAGGACAUGAUCCUGAUCCCAAGUGGUAUCCAGCGGAGAACUUUAGCAACGCACCCCGACGCCUACAGGAAUUCCACAAUAGAUAUCCAGAAAAGCCUGGUCCACCGGAGCUCUUGGAACAAUGGCUUGAAGAGGAUUUACGCGCUUGA